AUGAAUUUCGACCCGGGCAAUCGCAGCCACGACUGUUCCGGCGUUGCCCUUCGCAAUUCGCGGAAAAAGGAGACGCGGAAGUCAGCAGGGAAAGAGACAGCCGGAAGAAUGAGACGUUCAGCUCGAGUCGUCCCUCGGCGGGUAGCCAAGGCAAAACCAGAGUCGCCCGAGUCGUCGCCCACUGCCAACUCCGACAGUGACUUUGAGGACACGCCAGAACAGUCACCGCCGCCUAGCAAAAAGAGACCAAGAGUGCUCUCGAUAGCUACAAAGGACGCGAGCCCAGCCCCAGAAGCCAACAGCACCAAGCGAAGGCGUGUGAAGACGACGAGCAACCACUCCCUGCUCCACAAGCGGCUAUUUGAUGUCACACCAGCACAGCCAGCCUCCACGCAGGAUGUGUGCUCUUUGCCUGAUAGGCAGCACGCGGUCACGUACCACCGACCGCUCUUGCUGGACAGCCGCAAAGGCCGCAAGUCGUUGCUUUCGUGGUUCGACGGUGUCUCCACGGCUCGCUCGAUGCCGUGGAGGAAGGCCUGGAUCGACCCGUUCUCCGAACACCUGGACGAGGUCACGCUCCGUGAGAAGCUCGAACGGAGAGCGUAUGAAGUGUGGAUCAGCGAGAUCAUGCUCCAGCAGACGCGAGUCGCGGUCGUGAUCGACUACUGGAACAAGUGGAUGGCAAAGUGGCCCACCAUCCACGAUCUCGCGGCUGCCGACGCGGACGAUGUUCUUGCCGCGUGGAGAGGACUCGGUUAUUACAGCCGUGCUACGAGGAUCCACGAAGCGGCGAAGCUCGUCACGAAGGACAAGGACUUGCUUGGACUGCUGCCGUCCUCGGCCGAAGAAUUACAGGCAAAAGUACCUGGCAUCGGCCGCUAUACUGGAGGCGCGAUAUCAGCCAUCGUCUUUGGCCAACCCGCGCCCAUGGUGGAUGGCAACGUGUUGCGAGUGCUCAGCCGGCAACUAGGUCUGCUUGGCGAUGUCAAGUCGGACAAGGCCGUGAUCGACCUGCUGUGGGCUGCCGCGGAUGCCUUGGUCAAAAUAGUCGCCAAGGAUGCGCCAGCCAACAUGAGUGGUGGCGAGGACUGGCAAGUGCUGCCGAGCGAUCGCCCUGGCCGCUGGGGUCAAGCACUCAUGGAACUAGGGAGCACGGUUUGCCAACCAAAGCCAAGCUGCGAGAAAUGUCCCAUCACAGCUUCGUGUCGCGCCUACACUGAAGGGUUCUCACUCGCCACCAAGACUUCUCGGGAUGUGGAGCAAAAGAUCGUAGAUAUCGAGGACGCAUGUUCUAUGUGCGCCACUCCCGACCCAAUCUCUACCCAGGACGGCGAGAAUAGCCUUGCUUCGAACAAAAAAGGCAAAGGAAAGUCAACGGGCACUGUAGCUCCUGAACACAAGCCAGGGCAGAAGAAGCAGUCCUCUCUGCAGGCAUUUGCAUUCACCAAAACCAAGACAAAGGAUCAAAGCCCAGCAAACCCCCCUGACGAAGAGACCAAGAAGCCCAGUGCCGCAAUAUCUGAAGCUGUCGCAAACUACGCAAAACAAUUUCCACUCAAGACAGAAAAGAAGGCAGUGAGGGAAGAAGAGACACUGGUGUGCGCAGUGCGCAGGCGCGAUGGGCAAUACUUGAUCCAACGUCGACCUGACAAGGGACUUUUGGCUGGUAUGUGGGAGUUUCCGAGCUGUAUCAUCGAUCCGGCAGAAAUACGCACGCCCAAGUCCCGUAAAGACAAAGCCCAAAAUUUCGUUGAGGAUCUUGCCGAAACAGCGUUCCCCAAGAGUGCGCCGCAGGUCAGACAUGUGGGCGAGCUUGGCACGAUUCCCUGGCUCUUUUCGCACAUCAAGCUGGAGAUGCAUGUUCACCUCUUUGAGCUAGGAGAUGGGGCACCUGUACCAGAUGAGAACCCUGAUGCCGAUCCUGCACGCAUGCGCUGGACCGCAAGAGUCGACGAGGAGUCCAUGGGGACGGGAAUGCGCAAGUGUGUGGCACUUGUGCAAGACGUCGUAGAUCCGUCAUAG